UGAAACCAAAAUGUUUAAUUUUAUUUUUUUUUUCAGAGUGAAAGCUUAUAAUGAAUCGUUUAUUUGGAAAGGGGAAAAGUAAAGAACCUCCCCCCAGUCUCAAUGACUGCAUUGCUGGAGUGGAUGGCAGGGCUGACUCCAUUGAUAAAAAAAUUGCUCGCCUUGAUGCAGAGCUCAUUAAAUAUAAAGAUCAAAUGAAAAAGAUGCGAGAAGGUCCAGCUAAAAAUGCUGUCAAGCAGAAGGCACUUCGAGUUUUAAAGCAGAAAAAAAUGUAUGAGCAACAAUCAGACAAUCUUCGGCAGCAGAGUUUCAACAUGGAACAGACAAAUUACGCCACACAGUCACUUAAAGACACUAAAACAACAGUUGCUGCCAUGAAACUUGGAGUGAAAGACAUGAAAAGAGAAUUUAAGAAGAUCAAUAUUGAUGAAAUUGAAGACCUACAAGACGACAUGGCGGACAUGCUGGAGCAGGCGGACGAAGUACAGGAAGCUCUGGGCCGCAGUUACGGCACGCCUGAGAUCGACGAGGAUGACCUACAGGCCGAGCUGGACGCCCUGGGCGACGAGAUGCUCAUGGACAACGACAAUACAUUCCUGGACGAGGCCAUCAACGCGCCUAACGCUCCCUCCAAGGAGCCUGGUGCCGACACCGUCAAGGAUGGUCUGCCUGUCGACGAAUUUGGACUGCCUCAGAUGACGUCCUAAGUUGGUGUGCCUUCCGUCUUGUUCAAAGGAGCAUGAACAGACGUCCUGGUGUUCCUGAGUUAUUUGAAAUGCUGAAGGAAUGUGCAGUGGAGACGGAUAUUUUAUAUUUUGCUGUAACUCGGUUUGAUUAUAACAUUUAUAUAUUUGUCACAAAAUAAUCAGAGUGGUCCAGUGUUUACCGAACUUUUGUAGAUGUGUUACUAAGAAACAUACGUAGGAAGUUUAGUCAUAUAGGUAUAUGCAUUUUUCAGCUUGAUUUAUGAGUCAGUAUAUUACGUUAUGUAGUAAAUUUUAUUGAUUAUUUCUUUUAUAUUAAAACUAUUUUCGUUCACCCUUGUAUCUCAACAACGCCACACCUUUUUCAUGAAUUAUAUCAACAUCUACAUUUUAUAACCUUUGGAUUAUUAUGCUUGAUUUUGUGAUCGCCACGCGGCUGAAGUUAACUCGUAAGGUCAGCUGUAAUAUGCUUCUGGUUGCAUUUUCUUUGGCCUGACUUUCAGACGGAGUUGCUUCUCGUCCCUGUGGACACAAUAGCUUUAAUAGUUUAUUGACAAAUGAAUCGUCGAUACUUCAAACUCUUCUAUUAAUCUCUCCUUUAGAUUUUUUUUAGUUCUGUUAUUGAACGAAUGGUGGUGCUAUAAUUCUCUUGCAUCCUAGUGCAUAUUUGAUUGGUGAGGGUAUCGAUUGUAGUUGAAAUCCGUGGUAGGAAAAAUUUGUGGUGUACCUCGUCUUUAAUUCGUUUUAUUAUUUACAUGGUGCAGGACCGAUUUGACUCAAGUAUUUCUUUCCAAAUUUAAAAAUCGCACGAUUCUCAAGCUUCGAACCGACACGUCUGUACAUGUUAAAAUUUUUAUUUUGGUGUUGUCUUCGUGAAACCUUCAUUGUAUUCCCUUAUGACAAUGCAAUUAACUGGGGCUCAUAGUGUUUUACUUGAAGCAAAUAUUGCUUUACAAAUUUUCCCUAGUACUUUGACCGAGCGUUAUAUUUCGACAUAUUUCACGUACCUUUAGAAAAACUUUUAAUCGACUCUACCGAGGGUCAUGAAUAUAAGUAUAAAAUUUUCGGUUCUUUGAGUGGUUCAUUUGUCUUUCUCUGCCUUUCCAUGUCUUUACUUUCCAAAAAUAACGGUAGAUUUGGUAUAUUACAUUAUUUUUACAGUUGAGCAAGCGUUUUAUGUCCGACGACUGGAACAAUUUCGAGUGAAUGUACCACGAUGAGCAGCAACACUGUCUGUUAAAGCAUGAUACCGAUAAUUCUAUGACAGUUUUCUUAAAGCUAAAUGAACUUGCUUGGCGUAAUAUUAGGUUGAGGCAUCUGAAGUGUUCAAGCCUUGUCUUCAAAAAUCAAGCCUUGGUUUUUUAUUUAACGUUGAAAGCCGGGAUGAGCGAAGAAUAACUUUAUGAAAACGCUUUCGCAAUAAAAUAUAAUUAAAAGAUUUAUAUGAUUC